AUGAUCGCCUCUUCCUCCAAGGCGACAUCAAUCAAGCAGAGUGAAUCCACACCAUCAAACAGUGCAGACUCGGAACGCACUAAGAGAGGGUCCGGCUUCUCGCUCACAUCGCAUAGCGAUUCAAAGCAUGGGAACGAGGAGGAUCUGGCGGGAUGUGGUUCGAAAGGCUCUGCCCAGCUUUUGGCACCAUCAUCGUCUGAUACUUCGUCAGCAGAGGAUUCCGCGGCCAGGACGGACGAAGGGGAGCACCCUUCGCAUGCGAGUCAGACUGUCGAGCGGGAAAGUGCAGCACGAAGCGAAGUCUGGUCAGAUCGCGAGAAGCAUGGGUCAGCGAUAGCGGAGCAGCUGGCCGGGACACGUCAAGGUGACAGGAUAUGGGUCGAGUGGGAGGAAGGAGGUGAGUUGAAGCCGCGCUUGCAAGUGUCAGCGCAGGCAAUCACUCUGACGAACGUUUCACGGCAUUGCCACCGCGCCGCAAAUCCAUUGCUUGGACGCUAACCCGCGAACAGAUCCAGAGAAUCCUUUCAAUUUCAGUCCCACAAGAAAAUGGCUAAGUGCGCAUCAAUCACGGUGGCGGUGGGGGGAAGCGACAGGGACAUCACCAAAGCAGACACCGCAAAGAAGGGCUCCAAAGCGUCGAAGACGGGAGUUGCUAACGAAGGUCGCUGACACACAUGCGCGUCUCAUCGGCGCAGUGACCAUCUUUGCAACAUUCUUCACCAUGGAGGUGGCUGCCACAGCCGGCGCGUGAGUUCAACUUGAUUGCUACCCAUGUUCGGCCGAUGUCCUAACAACGCACAUGAUCACUCACAAAUCCCUCUACCAUUCUAUGCGCUCCCUGAUGCUGCACAUCGUCGGAAAACAGCUACGUCCCGGGCAUACCCUCCAUGGAAGCAUCGUUGCGCCAUGACCUGCACGAAGUCAGCCUACUGGGCAUCUCGGUGUAUGCUUUCGGGUUCGGUCUGCCUCCGCUAGUUCUCGCACCGCUGAGCGAGGUGAUGGGCAGGAACACCAUCUACCUGGUCAGCCAUGCUCUCUACACGAUACUCUUCGUGGGCAUCGGCCAAGCUCGUAACAUUCAAACCGUCAUCAUUUUGCGGUUCCUGCAAGGAGCUUUUGGGAGCACAGGCAGCACCAUGGGUGAGGCGGCAAAACUGCGUGACGGUGCACUGCGCCCAGCUGAAUCAUUACCCCUAUCUUCAUUUGCAACUCACGCGAGCAGUCGGUGGCAGCAUAGCAGGUUCGUCAUAUUACCUCGAAGAAUUGUUCAGCACGAGCUUACCGGACGUUCUUUAAACACGCACUUACUAUGGCAGACCUGUUCAGCUCCAGCGAUCGAGGUGCACCGAUGGCUCUGUUCGCUACCGCCGCUAUCUUUGGCACCGGCUUCGGACGUGAGUGGUUCGCCAAGCACACUCCGUCGUGCGUCGCCCCGGUUGCGCACUGAUGUUUCACUUCUCCACCACGCGUGUAGCAUUCUGGGCAGGCUUCGUUGAGCAGUACAUCGCAGAUGGCUGGCGGUGGAUUCAGCACAUUCAGGCAAUUUAUACCGGGGCGUUUCUCAUCAUCUUUACCGUCGUACUCAAGGAAACUAGAGGGAGCGUGAUUCUUGCCCGCCGUGCGAGCCGACUCCGCAAGCAGACGGGCGAUGGAAGGUACAUGGCCAAGAGCGAGCUGGAGCGCGCAAGUGUCGUGACUCUUAUCAAGGGGAGCCUGACGAGACCCAUGAUCAGUGAGCAGCUGAUCGCUGGUCGCGCAUACAUUUUGCGAGCUCUGACGAGCAUCGAGAUCCUCUUCUUGCCUCCAGUGCUCUUCACUGAGCCAGUGGUGACGGCUUUCAGUCUUUGGAUCAGCCUUCAAUGGGGAAUGAUGUACGCCUUGUUGGAAAGCAUUGGCCUGGUCUCAGCGUUGCAUGAUUACACGCCUAGUCAGGUAAGACGCGCUCGCCGUCAUGGAACAAUUCGCGUGGCGCUGCUCACCCAAUCUCGCCAUCCCGUAUCAUCGCACCAGACCGGGCUGGUGUUCCUAGCGAUCUGUGUUGCCGCCUUGAUUGGCAACCUUCUCAACCCUCUCUCAGAGAGAGCGUAUGCUCGCAACUAUCCGAAAAGAGGAGCGGAAGCUCGACUAUACGCGGCUAUGUUCGCAGGCUUGAUGUUCCCGGCAGGCUGCGCGAUCUACGCAUGGACGUCCUAUUCUGAUGUCAGCAUGGCUGGACCGUGAGUAAGGCGCGCCACCUUUGAAUAGGCUCAUGUAGCCAGGCUGAAUCUUGGCCAUUCCCCAAAUCCCACCAACGCAGCAUCAUCGGAAUCGUCGUCCUCAUGGUGGCGGUCUACAUCGUCUAUCUUGCCGCUUUCUCCUACCUUGCCGAUUCUUACGGUCCUUAUGCAUCUUCAGCACUAGCAGCGCAGUCGUUCUCGCGGAACAUGUUUGGAGCAGCUUUCCCUCUAUUCACGACGCAAAUGUACAAGAACCUCGGUGAGUCAUAUUCUUCAGCUCUGCUGACAUGAGGCUUUGACCAUCACUCGAACACUCCUCACGAACCGUUCACCUCGAUCAUAGGAUACCAAUGGGCGUCGAUGCUCGCUGGGCUGAUAGGCUUGGUGCUAGGAUGUGCGCCCUUCUUGCUCUUCCGGUGGGGUCCGCAGAUCCGAGCAAAAAGCAGAUUGAGCAGCGAGCUCGAAAGAUUGGGGCUUUUGUAG